AUGUCAGAACUACAUAAGCUCCUAUUGAAUAGGGUGCGUCAACAGGAAAAGGCUCUAGGAAUUGAACCAUUGGCAGAAGAACUGGAGUCAGACACUGACUUGGAACUCGGUUCUGAAAGACAGUCUUCCCUCAAUGGGUUCCCACCAUCUAGCCUACCAACCAAGAUAUCUCCGCUUAUACCUCCAGCCGUCUUUCCAAAGUCUGGCUCCUCAAGCCUGUCACCAACGUCCUCGUACUUCUCCACCAACGAUAAAAUUAAAUCCAAUUAUGAAAGUACUGUUAACGAAAUAUUUCCAAAGCAGGAAAAAUAUGCCUCUUUCCAGACAUACUACCAUCCACCUUCUAAUACCAGUGCUCCAAUAUUCAUCUGCCAUCAUGGUGCAGGGUCUUCUGCUAUGACUUUUGCUAUGCUAACUAAGUAUCUACAGGAGAACUAUGACGAAAAUAACAAAGACGCAACACCGGGGGUAUUCACCUUUGAUGCUAGAGGACAUGGAAAGAGUGAAGGCGCUACAGAUUUUUCUCUUUCAGCAUUAACUGAAGACUUUACAUAUAUCGUUAACGAGUUUGUAAAACGUCAUAACGCUCUGUCAUCCUCAAUCUACUUCUUAGGGCAUUCACUAGGCGGCUCAGUACUCACAAAUUAUCUCUCGAACCCGUCUGAAGACGCCAUAAAGGUACUGGGACUCAUUAUGCUUGACAUUGUUGAAGAAACAGCAGUUAAGUCGCUAGUAGCCAUGCCCAAUUUCAUUAGAAAGAGACCAAAGAUAUUUGACUCCUAUCAAAGAGCCAUUGACUGGCAUUUGAAGGAAACCCAUUUACUCCACAACGAAGAGUCUGCUAAGGUUAGUGUUCCGGAUCUUUUGCUAGCACACGAAUCUCACUUAUCUUGGAUUACCAACCUCCUGUUGACACAACCAUAUUGGGAGACGUGGUUCAAAGGCCUCUCCUCUAAUUUUGUAACCUGUGGUCAAGGAGCCGCUAAGUUGUUAAUCCUUGCUGGCCAUGAGAAUCUUGAUACAGAUCUCAUAAUAGGCCAAAUGCAAGGGAAAUAUCAAUUGAUAGUGUUCAACAACAAUCCAAACGCCGGCCACUUCAUUCAUGAAGACAUUCCCAGCCACAUUGCAGUAAGUUUGUUGGACUUCGUAAGGCGAAACGACUCUCCAGAGGACUACAUGAAGAAGGAAUUAGGAUUUUUACCUAAAUGGGGUGGGAAGAUAAAUAAAAGUUAA